AAUAAGUAAAUUUGAUAGUUGAUCUAUCCAACCUACUUGUGGAAUAAAGACAAAUCAAGAACAUACACAAACGAUAUGGAUAGUUCAAUUUAUUCUUCACAGAGUUUUCUCUUCAGAAAUCGUAUUACUCCUCCAGGGUUGUUAGCCAAAAUGACAAAUAAAACGACAGAGUUUAUUCAUAACUUACGCAACUGUCUUGAGUCACCUACACUGAAGAUAAGUCGAAAUUUACUGUCACAGCGACGCUUUGAAUUAGCUGAUAAAUUCAGUACUGAUAGCAGUCGUAACAUUAAUAAUAAUAAUACUGAAUCGAAUGAAGUCUACUCAAGUUCACUCAGAACUACAUCAACAAGUUCAUCAAUGCGUUCAGGAUGUUUAGGUUUCAAACUGUCAACAACAGUUGAUGUAGAUGAUCCACUGCCAAUACCAGUAUGUCGUUUAGGAAAAUAUCAAGCUGAAUGGAAUACUGGUGAGCUAGGUGCCUGGCGUCUGCUCACACAUGAUGCCUCACUCUCCCUUCCUGAAAAUCAUUCAGCUAACCAAAAUGAAUCUAGUUUAUCAGUUUUAAAGUAUAUGAAUACAGAUCUGAAGAAAGAACAAGAAUUCCUAUUGGCAAAACUCAAUCUUCUCUAUGAUAGUCUAAUCAAACAAACAGCUGUUGUCAAUCAACAUGAGAAAAAGUUGGAACAGUUACGAGCAGAGCUAAAGCAGAAGACAGAAAACACACCAGAAAACUUAAGAGCUGAUCACUUGCAUGAAUUGAAUAAACAGACUGAACACAAUAGACCACAUCAGCUGUUGGAUUUAAUAUUGUUAACUGAAAGUAUGUCUAGUGAGAAUACUGAGAUUGAAAUGGAUACAAUUAACUCAGUGAAAUGUUCGUCUUCUUCCAUCAGUCCUGUAGCCGGUAGUACUAACAACAGAAAAACAAAUGGAAAUCAAAUCUUCUCAAUUGUCACCAAGUCAACUAAUAGCUUUGAUCAAACCCAUAGUAGUAAUUUGUUAAAUCAGACAACAAAACAUAAAGAAAGCGAAGAUAUUGAUGAAUCCAAUGAAGAGGAUGGUGAAAAGUCGAAGAGAUCACAACAAAAACUUCGCAUAAAUAUGAAUAAAUAUGUAUUAAACAAUAUCCAAAACUUGAUAAUUAGACCCGAUGAUGUUCAUUCAAUAAUUUCAACUGGGAAAUCAAAAUCACCAAUUAUGAAGUCCAUUGAUAGUGAAUUGACGUCACAUGAUUCAUCCUACACAGAAAUAUCAACAAGUCAUACUGAUGAAUCAGUAACGGAUACAACAUUGUCAACACAUCAAAAAUCAAGUCAAAGCUCAGACAAUGAUGAGGAUGAUGAUAAAGAUAUUCGACCGGGGUGUGAAAUUUUACAAGAAUCAAGUAGUCAAGAGAAAAACAGUAAAACAGAUGAUGAUGACAGUGAAGAAGAGCUGACAAAAACGGAUGAAUCUGAAAGUCGAGCAUGUGUGACACAGCGUCAAAGAGUUGUCCAGUUCGGAACAAUAUCUAGACGGUAAUCUUCUUCUUCAAGAUUGUUCAAAUUAACAUCUUAAAUAAGGAAAGAUAUUUAUAAACUUUGUUGAAGCUAUAACUGCUCUUCUCCAGGACUCAGCGAUAUUCAAGAGUCCACUCCCAGUUACACAACAAAAGAUAUAUCAAUAUUUCUGAGAAGAAUCACUAAUAUCCUGAAAAAAAUGCAAGUCGAGAAGUGUGUUCCUUACAAACCGAAACUUUAAACGAAUAAAUCUUCUUAAAGUUUUCAUUCUCAUAACAAAAUUGAAUGAUCUACAGACUGACAAAUAUGAAUUGAAAGAAGACAGAGACAAGACAAAAAAGAAAGGCGAACAAAUUGAAGAAAUAUUUGUCCUUAUAAUUUUGAUUUACGCAGUUUAUCCAAUAAAAUCCUUUUCUUUUGAGUAUAUAUGUAUAUGUUUAUUCAUUUAUUUAUUCAAUCAAUUCUCUUGAUACUUUCUGAAAAGUCUUUUCUUUCACACAACAAUUUUUGAUGGAAAUUUUUGUUUCCUUCUU